AAAAAUAAACAACCGUCUGGCUGGGGGUUGGCGAUUCAAGAUGGCGGCGCUGCGGCCGAGCCGUUUGGGGCUGGGGUCUCUUCUCCUCCUGCUGCUGCUCGCCGUGGGCGACGAGGCGGCCCGGCCCGAAUUAGAGCCCGUUCCGGAGUCCCUCUCCGAGUCUUUCGAGCCGGCGCUGGGGAACACCGCCCCUUGCCAGCGGACGUGCCAGAGCACCUACCCGCUCCAUACUUACCCCAAGGAAGAAGAGCUCUAUGCAUGUCAAAGGGGCUGCAGACUCUUCUCCAUUUGUCAGUUUGUGGAUGAUGGGAUUGAUUUGAAUCGGACCAAGUUGGAAUGUGACUCUGCAUGUUCUGAGGCAUAUACCUCUCAGUCUGAUGAACAAUAUGCCUGCCGUCUUGGAUGCCAGAAUCAAUUACCAUAUGCUGAACUGAGACGAGACCAUCUCAUGUCCUUAAUGCCAAGAAUGCAUCUUCUAUUCCCCCUUACACUUGUGAGAUCAUUCUGGAGUGAUAUGAUGGAAACAGCCCAUAGCUUCAUCACCUCCUCAUGGACUUUCUACCUUCAAGCUGAUGAUGGCAAAAUAGUAAUAUUCCAGUCAAAGCCAGAAGUUCAGUUCAUUGAAAGUCCUGGUCAGGAAACACAGGAUUUAAAAGAACCAUCAUUUCGCAAAGCAUCUUUAGAUCUGCAGCCAGGAGGUCCACAGACACACAAGGGAUUCUUCGACGAAGAUGAAAGUGAUAACUUCUUCAAAUGUGUUUCAAUAAAUUCUGGCUGGAUACUGACAACCACACUUGUCCUUUCUGUACUGGUGUUGCUCUGGAUAUGUUGUGCAACUGUUACUACUGCUGUGGAGCAAUAUGUUCCAUCUGAGAAGCUGAGUAUCUAUGGGGAUUUGGAAUACAUGAAUGAACAAAAACUGAAUCGAUACCCAACUUCUGCUCUCGUUGUGGUUAAAUGCAAAGCUGAUGAAGAAGAAGCUGGACCUCUACCUACGAAAGUUAACUUGACUCAGUCAGCAAUAUAGAUUUUAAAAAUGAAUUCAUUAUCUUAUUCUAAGACUUCUGUUAACUUUGGUGACUUUUUCCAAUGAAGAGGCUUUUGCAGGGGUAGUCAAAAUUCAGAUUCAAAUAAAGUUACAUAAUUGAUUACUGUUCUACUGUCAUGGAAUUCAAUCUCAUUUUCCAACAGUAAAGGAAAUUGUGUUGAGCAAAUGGGGUUUGUAGAGAAUUUACAUUUAUUUGCAUCUUUUUUUUUUUUUUGCUUACCAAAAAUCAUAAGUAUUGUCUAUACAUUAAGGUUGUGGUAUUUUCAAAUUAUGAACAUCUGUUGGUAUCAGAGUGCAUAUUUGGAAUCUUGUUUCUAAUAGUGUAAGGAAUUUUUUGUGGUCAAAGAUGCCUUUUAAGUUGUCUUCUCAGCUGUGGAUAAAUGAAACUAACAUGUAGAAUUGCUUAGAAAUCCUUAUUGCUUCAAAUGGCUCAUUUUCCACAAUAAGAGUACAUUUUUGUUGACCUUUGUGCCAGUUUCUGGCACUGAAGUACUGUGGGUCAGAAAUAAAACUUUAAUGUAUAGAGGAA